UUGUCAUAGCUACACUGUUUCCAAACACGUGGUGGAGCUCUACAACGCAAAACGUACCCUCCUCAGUUUCUUCCAAGCUUGUUUAAAAAGCUUGUAAAACAUAUCAGUUGUUUAACUAGUGUGACUUUUUCAUUUAAAAUGGUGAGACACAAUAAUCAGCUUCCUACAAAUUUACCGCAGUUACAGAACUUGCUUAAGCGAGACCCAGCGUCAUACAAAGAUGAGUUUAUGCAGCAGUAUCGCCAUUACAUUUCAACAAAAUUGGUCUUUGAAAUGAAACCUGAUCAGUAUAAUAAAGAUCUGGAUGAUUUAGUAAUGUUUCUAGCUCAGGUGUCUCAUUGCUUUCCUCAAGAUUUGGUUGGAUAUGCUCAAGAACUAAUGGAUAUAUUACAGCGACAUCCAACCACUCUACACCCUGACAUGAGAAAAACAUUCUGCAGAGCACUUAUCUUACUGCGUAACAAGAACCUGAUUUCUCCAACAGCUUUGUUGACUUUAUUUUUCCAGCUUCUUCGUUGCCCUGACAAGGAACUGAGAGCUUUCUUAAAAAAUCACAUCAUUACAGACAUUAAGAAUGUGAACUCAAAAUCAAAGAAUAUUAAGCUGAAUAAUGUUCUCCAAAAUUUCAUGUUUGCAAUGCUUAAAGAUUCAAAUGUCACUGCAGCAAAGAUGUCUUUAGAUGUAAUGAUUGACCUUUACAAGAAAAAUAUCUGGAAUGACCAAAAGACUGUUAAUGUUAUUGCUACUGCAUGUUUGUCAAAAACUACAAAGAUCAUGGUUGCAGCUUUGCAAUUUUUUAUGGGUUCUGACGAAAAAGAAGAAGAUUCAGAUAGUGACGCAGAGGAUGAUAACGUCAUUAUCAAGGAAGUCGGUAUGGCCGCUCGAGUGAACAAGAAGUCCCGAAAGCGCGAAAAACAAAUGGAGAGAGUGAAGAAGACUUUAAAGAAACGCAGCAAUUCCAAGAAGGCCCCUGUUUUUAACUUCUCCGCCAUACACUUGGUCCGGGAUCCCCAAAGUUUCGCCGAACAGUUGUUUAAACAUGUGGAAGGGAUGAACGAGCGGUUUGAAGUGAAAGUCAUGGCUUUGGAUGUGAUUUCGCGUCUGAUAGGAAUCCACCAGUUAUUCAUCUUUAAUUUCUACCCGUACUUGAAUCGUUUCUUACAGCCACACCAGAGAGAUGUUACAAAAAUGUUGCUGUUUGCUGCACAGGCUUCCCACGAGCUGUUGCCACCUGAUGUUCUAGAGUCGGUUGUGAGUGCCAUUGUCAACAAUUUCGUAACAGAGCGGAAUUCCGCAGAAGUAAUGGCUGUGGGGUUGAACUCGAUAAGAGAGAUUUGUGCCAGAUGCCCACUGGUAAUGAACGCUGAAUUGCUUCGUGAACUUGUCGAGUACCGUACUUCUAAACAGAAAAGUGUGAUGAUGGCCUCUAGGUCUAUUCUGCAGUUGUAUCGCAUCAUUAACCCGGAAAUGCUGCCGCGCAAAGAAAGAGGGCGGCCGACCGAAGCUAUGAGCGAGUUGGCUAUCAGAGCUUACGGAGCUGUGGAUGCCAAGGAUUAUAUUCCUGGAGCAGAGGCACUCAAUCCGGAUAUUGAAGGUGCUGCCGCGGAUGACGAAAAGGAAGAGUCGGCAGCCGAAGAUGAAAGUGAUGGAUGGGAGGAUGUAACUCAAUCCGAUGACGAAGGAUGGGUCAAUGUUUCUCAUUCGGAUGACGGCGAAGAGGUUGGAAGUGACUCGGAAGCCGAUGGCAGCGACCAAGAAGACGACGACGAUGAAGAAGUCGACAGUGAUGAAGACGAUGAUGAGGAUGGAUCAGAAGCUUCUGGUGACGAAGAAGACGACAGCGACGAAGAGGGGGAUAGCGAUGAAGAGGAAUCUGAGGAUGGCGGCACGAUCGAAACAAGAAUCAGCCGUCCAUUGUCUAAAAGAGAAAAGAAGAAGCAAAAGAGAAUCAACAAAGAUUUAAAAAGAAGCAAGAAGAAGACUGUUCCAGCUGCCGAGGAUCCUACGCUGAUUGAAGAAAGGAAAUUAAAAGCGGCCGCUGUGAGCUUGAGCCGAAUCCUCACCGACAAGGACUUUGCCAAAAUCGACGCUGCCCAGGUGAAAAAGACGUUGGAUGCCUCCAAAGCUCGUCAAAAGAGGAAACUCGCCGAUGACUUGGAUGACACAAUCAAAAGGGGUGAGUUGGUUCGGUUGGACGACAUUGAGAAAGUCUACAAGAAACGCCGCCACGAUAAGGAUUCUCGCCUCACAACAGUCUUGGAAGGACGGGCUGACCGUGAAAAGCCAACGAGGAAACCCAAACGUCAGAAUCCCAACGCCAGCACAACGAAUCGAGAGAAAAGCAAAAAGAAGAACUUCAUGAUGUUGAAACAGAAGGCCAAAGGGAAACAAAAGCGAUCCUUCAAAGAUAAGCAGAUCGCCCUGCGCAACGCGUUGCUCAAACAGAAGAAGAUGGGCUUGAAGAAAUAAGCCAACACCUAACGUGACUUGAUAAGGCAACAAAAUAAAACAUGAGGAGGGCGAAUGUAACGAAAAGGGUCUCGUAUUCAAAUAAACUGCUUCUCAUCGUC